AUGAGAGUACCAACCUUCGUGAUCUUGUGCAUAGCACUUCAGUAUGCGUCUGCUGAUACUUUCGACGAUGAGUUGAUAAGUAUUCUAUCAGAUGGUAAUGCAUAUCAAGAAACAAAUUUAACUACAAGUGAUGAAUUUGAUGUGGAUAAAACUGGAAAUGUUAUCGAACGAUCGACAAUACGAAAAGAAUUUGAACAAGAUGGAGACACGAGCGGUGAUAUAGUAGGUGAUGAUGUGAAUGUGAAAACCAUCGUCAUAAAGACUGAUGCUUUUGGACACAAAAGAAUAUAUGAAGAAGAUGUCGUUAUCAAAAAAGUGCCUGGAGCCUCAAGUUCUAGCAGUACUUCAGCAGCUUCAAGUGCAGCAGCAUCAAGCGCUACUGGUGCUUCAAGCUAUGGUUCUGGUGCCGGAGUAGGUGCAGGAUCUGGUGCAGGAGCCGGAGCUGGAUCGGCUGGUGCCUACGGCCCAUACGGAAGACAAGGCCAAAAUGUCGUCAUCGUCAACAGAGAAUCACCUUCGUCUGGUUCUUCAGCCGCAGCGUCUGCAGCCGCUUCAGGUUCACAAGGCCAAAAUAAUGGUAAUCAAGGUUACGAAGCUGGUUACGGCAGAGGCCCAUCAGGAUCGGCAUCAAGCGCUAGUGCUUCUAGUGCUGCCAGUGCAUCAAGUGGAGGAAAUGGUCUAGGAUACAAUCCUGCUUACGGUGCAGGACAAGGCUUGUUAACUAUUGUCAACGAAAAUGGAUCAGGUGCAGCUUCUAGUGCAAGUGCAUCAAGCGCUAGUGGAGCUUCAAGCUCUGGCCCUGCUGGUGGUUUCGCGUACGGUCCAGGCUACGACGUCCAACAAGGCGGAAUAACAGUCAUCAAUGAAAGCGGAUCUGGUGCAGCUUCUAGUGCAAGUGCAUCAAGCGCUAGUGGAGCUUCAAGUUCUGGCCCUGCUGGUGGUUUCGCGUAUGGUCCAGGCUACGACGGCCAACGAGGCGGAAUAACAGUCAUCAAUGAAAGCGGAUCGGGUUCAGCAUCUAGCGCAAGUGCAUCAAGCGGUGCCGGUGCAUCAAGUACUGGCCCUGCUGGCGGUAAUGCAGGCCAAGGCUAUGGUUCUGGUGCCGGAGUAGGUGCAGGAUCUGGUGCAGGAGCCGGAGCUGGAUCGGCUGGCCAAGGCUAUGGUUCUGGUGCCGGAGUAGGUGCAGGAUCUGGUGCAGGAGCCGGAGCAGGAUCGGCUGGCCAAGGCUAUGGUUCUGGUGCCGGAGUAGGUGCAGGAUCUGGUGCAGGAGCCGGAGCAGGAUCGGCUGGUGCCUACGGCCCAUACGGAAGACAAGGCCAAAAUGUCGUCAUCAUCAACAAAGAAUCACCUUCGUCUAGUUCUUCAGCCGCAGCGUCUGCAGCCGCUUCAGGUUCACAAGGCCAAAAUAAUGGUAAUCAAGGUUACGAAGCUGGUUACGGCAGAGGCCCAUCAGGAUCGGCAUCAAGCGCUAGUGCUUCUAGUGCUGCCAGUGCAUCAAGUGGAGGAAAUGGUCUAGGAUACAAUCCUGCUUACGGUGCAGGACAAGGCUUGUUAACUAUUGUCAACGAAAAUGGGUCAGGUGCAGCUUCUAGUGCAAGUGCAUCAAGCGCUAGUGGAGCUUCAAGCUCUGGCCCUGCUGGUGGUUUCGCGUACGGUCCAGGCUACGACAUCCAACAAGGCGGAAUAACAGUCAUUAAUGAAAGCGGAUCUGGUGCAGCUUCUAGUGCAAGUGCAUCAAGCGCUAGUGGAGCUUCAAGUUCUGGCCCUGCUGGUGGUUUCGCGUACGGUCCAGGCUACGACGGCCAACGAGGUGGAAUUACAUUCAUCAAUGAAAGCGGAUCGGGUUCAGCAUCUAGCGCAAGUGCAUCAAGCGGUGCCGGUGCAUCAAGUACUGGCCCUGCUGGCGGAAAUGCAGGCCAAGGCUAUGGUUCUGGUGCCGGAGUAGGUGCAGGAUCUGGUGCAGGAGCCGGAGCAGGAUCGGCUGGUGCCUACGGCCCAUACGGAAGACAAGGCCAAAAUGUCGUCAUCAUCAACAAAGAAUCACCUUCGUCUAGUUCUUCAGCCGCAGCGUCUGCAGCCGCUUCAGGUUCACAAGGCCAAAAUAAUGGUAAUCAAGGUUACGAAGCUGGUUACGGCAGAGGCCCAUCAGGAUCGGCAUCAAGCGCUAGUGCUUCUAGUGCUGCCAGUGCAUCAAGUGGAGGAAAUGGUCUAGGAUACAAUCCUGCUUACGGUGCAGGACAAGGCUUGUUAACUAUUGUCAACGAAAAUGGGUCAGGUGCAGCUUCUAGUGCAAGUGCAUCAAGCGCUAGUGGAGCUUCAAGCUCUGGCCCUGCUGGUGGUUUCGCGUACGGUCCAGGCUACGACGUCCAACAAGGCGGAAUAACAGUCAUCAAUGAAAGCGGAUCUGGUGCAGCUUCUAGUGCAAGUGCAUCAAGCGCUAGUGGAGCUUCAAGUUCUGGCCCUGCUGGUGGUUUCGCGUAUGGUCCAGGCUACGACAGCCAACGAGGCGGAAUAACAGUCAUCAAUGAAAGCGGAUCGGGUUCAGCAUCUAGCGCAAGUGCAUCAAGCAGUGCCGGUGCAUCAAGUACUGGCCCUGCUGGCGGUAAUGCAGGCCAAGGCUAUGGUUCUGGUGCCGGAGUAGGAGCAGGAUCUGGAGUAGGAUCUGGUGCAGUAGCCGGUGCAGGAGCCGGUGCAGGAGCCGGUGCAGGAGCCGGUGCAGGAUCCAGUGCAGGAGCUGGCCAAGGUUAUGGUGCUGGAGCUGGAGCAGGAGCUGGCUAUGGUUCUGGUGCCGGAGUAGGAGCAGGAUCUGGUGCAGGAGCCGGAGUAGGAUCGGCUGGCCAAGGCUAUGGUUCUGGUGCCGGAGUAGGAGCAGGAUCUGGUGCAGGAGCCGGAGCAGGAUCGGCUGGUGCCUACGGGCCAUACGGAAGACAAGGCCAAAAUGUCGUCAUCAUCAACAAAGAAUCGCCUUCGUCUAGUUCUUCAGCUGCAGCGUCUGCAGCCGCUUCAGGUUCACAAGGCCAAAAUAAUGGAUAUCAAGGCUACGAAGCUGGUUACGGCAGAGGCCCAUCAGGAUCGGCAUCAAGCGCUAGUGCUUCUAGUGCUGCCAGUGCAUCAAGUGGAGGAAAUGGUCUAGGAUACAAUCCUGCUUACGGUGCAGGACAAGGCUUGUUAACUAUUGUCAACGAAAAUGGAUCAGGUGCAGCUUCUAGUGCAAGUGCAUCAAGCACUAGUGGAGCUUCAAGCUCUGGUCCUGCUGGUGGUUUCGCGUACGGUCCAGGCUACGACGUCCAACAAGGCGGAAUAACAGUCAUCAAUGAAAGCGGAUCUGGUGCAGCUUCUAGUGCAAGUGCAUCAAGCGCUAGUGGAGCUUCAAGCUCUGGUCGUGCUGGUGGUUUCGCGUACGGUCCAGGCUACGACGUCCAACAAGGCGGAAUAACAGUCAUCAAUGAAAGCGGAUCUGGUGCAUCUUCUAGUGCAAGUGCAUCAAGCGCUAGUGGAGCUUCAAGUUCUGGCCCUGCUGGUGGUUUCGCGUAUGGUCCAGGCUACGACGGCCAACGAGGCGGAAUAACAGUCAUCAAUGAAAGCGGAUCAGGUUCAGCAUCUAGCGCAAGUGCAUCAAGCGGUGCCGGUGCAUCAAGUACUGGCCCUGCUGGCGGUAAGGCAGGCCAAGGCUAUGGUUCUGGUGCCGGAGUAGGAGCAGGAUCUGGCCAAGGCUAUGGUUCUGGUGCCGGAGUAGGAGCAGGAUCUGGUGCAGGAGCCGGAGCAGGAUCGGCUGGCCAUGGCUUUGGUUCUGGUGCCGGAGUAGGAGCAGGAUCUGGUGCAGUAGCCGGUGCAGGAGCCGGUGCAGGAGCCGGUGCAGGAGCCGGUGCAGGAGCCGGUGCAGGAGCCGGUGCAGGAUCCAGUGCAGGAGCUGGUGCCGGAGCAGGAUAUGCUGGCCAUGGCUUUGGUUCUGGUGCCGGAGUUGGAGCAGGAUCUGGUGCAGUAUACGGUGCAGGAGCCGGUGCAGGAGCCGGUGCAGGAGCCGGUGCAGGAGCCGGUGCAGGAGCCGGUGCAGGAGCCGGUGCAGGAGCCGGUGCAGGAGCUGGUGCCGGAGCAGGAUAUGGCAAUUCUGGAUCGGCCUCUAGUGCAAGUGCAUCAAGUGCUACUGGUGCUUCAAGUUCAGGAUCUGGUGCAGUAUACGGUGCAGGAGCCGGUGCAGGAGCCGGUGCAGGAGCCGGUGCAGGAGCCGGUGCAGGAGCCGGUGCAGGAGCUGGUGCCGGAGCAGGAUAUGCUGGUGCCUACGGCCCAUACGGAAGACAAGGCCAGAAUAUCGUCAUCGUCAACAAAGAAUCACCAGCGUCUGGUUCCUCAUCUUCCGCUUCAGCCGCAGCGUCUGCAACCGCUUCAGGUUCGCAAGGCCAAAACUAUGGUAAUCAAGGUUACGAAUCUGGUUAUGGCAUAGGCCCAGGUGGACUUGUUAUCGUUAACGAGGGCAAUUCUGGAUCGGCCUCUAGUGCAAGUGCAUCAAGUGCUACUGGUGCUUCAAGUUCAGGUCCUGCUGGAGGAAAUGUAGGCCAAGGUUAUGGUGCCGGAGCUGGAACAGGAGCUGGUGCCUACGGUCCAUACGGAAGACAAGGCCAGAAUGUCGUCGUCAUCAACAAAGAAUCACCUUCGUCUGGUUCCUCAACUUCCGCUUCAGCCGCAGCGUCUGCAACCGCUUCAGGUUCACAAGGCCAAAACUAUGGUAAUCAAGGUUACGAAUCUGGUUAUGGCAUAGGCCCAGGUGGACUUGUUAUCGUUAACGAGGGCAAUUCUGGAUCGGCCUCUAGUGCAAGUGCAUCAAGUGCUACUGGUGCUUCAAGUUCAGGUCCUGCUGGAGAAAAUGUAGGCCAAGGUUAUGGUGCCGGAGCUGGAGCAGGAGCUGGUGCCUACGGCCCAUACGGAAGACAAGGCCAGAAUGUCGUCGUCAUCAACAAAGAAUCACCUUCGUCUGGUUCCUCAACUUCCGCUUCAGCCGCAGCGUCUGCAACCGCUUCAGGUUCACAAAGCCAAAACUCUGAUACACCAUAUGAUUCACAAAUCUUCACUCCAUCUCCGAUUGUUGUUAUUAAUGAAUUGGGCUCUGUUUCUAAUGCAGUAUCUACAUCUUCAGCAUCAGGCUCGUCUGUUUUAUAUGGUCAAGGAAGAGGUAGAGCAUCUCUCGUCGAUUGUGUACCAAACGCGAAAAUCCGACGAAAGACGAAAGUCGAAGAAAUUGGGAAGCGCAUCACGAAGUUAAAGUGGAGAUGGGCUGGACACUUGGCCAGACGGGAAGACAGAAGGUUGACUAAAGUCGUCAUGGAGUGGUGGCCUAGAGAAGCAAAAAGGCCAGUAGGCAGAACACCUGCUCGAUGUGGGCUCAAUGAGAGCAAGAACAUCAAAGGUGACUAUAAUCCUUUCUAUUAUAUCAUUAAGAAGCGAAAAGGUCUUCACCUAGUCUACUUGAAAAAGAAAAAUUGUGUAAGCCGCAAGAAUCAACCCCCUUUAACCCAAGACUUUUUGAUGAUGCACUUUGAUACAGACUCUCAAUCGAUACACAUCGUUAAUAUUAUUACGCUACGUUUAAACGAAAUAUGAUUUUUUAUAAAAUACUAUUUAACACAUAAAUUCGUUACAAUCAACGUCACGCGUAACGCACACAACGCCGCUAACGCACACACACACGCGGCGUCAUCGUCAACUAUAUGA